AUGGUUGCUGCCGACGCUUCCAAUGCUGUGACUACGCAAACCGAUACUACAUCUACAGAGCCCGUCAAAGAUCUGCGCCCUAUUCAGACGAAGCUAGUGCUGCUAGGAGAAUCAGCCGUAGGCAAAACGUCGGUGGUCCACCGAUUCGUGCAAGACGAGUUCCAAGAGAACCGUGAACCAACCAUUGGCGCCGCCUUCUUAACACAACGAUGCCGUCUGGAAGACCGUAUCAUCAAGUUCGAAAUCUGGGAUACAGCAGGCCAGGAACGUUUCCACAGUUUGGCGCCUAUGUACUACCGCAACGCACAAGCCAGCGCUGUGGUGUAUGAUGUGACAAAGGCGGCAUCCUUUGAGAAGGCGAAGAACUGGGUCAAGGAACUGCAGCGUCAAGCCAAUCCCAACAUUAUUAUUGCCUUGGUAGGCAAUAAAAUCGACCUCUUGUCAGAGAGUACGGAAGCAGCGCCGACCGACGAUGGCGCGACUACGGAAGAAGAGACCGACGAUGAGGCUGAAUCAGACAAGAUUGAGCGUGAGGUCCCUCGCUCAGAGGCGCAACAGUACGCAGAUGAAGCGGGUCUUCUCUUUUUCGAGACUAGUGCGAAGACGGGCGAGGGCGUCUUGGAAACCUUUACCGAGAUUGCCAAGCAUAUUCCCCUGGAUACAAAGCCUAAGGCAAUUGGUUCCGCUGGAAACACAGGCCCAGCGCGUAACGAAUUGGUGGAUUUGCAGCGCAGGAAUACCAUGCCGAUGCGCGAAGGAUGUAAUUGCUAA